GAGCUGCCAUGCCGUGCCCGAUGCCACUCACUCAUUCACUCACUCGCUUCUCAUUCCACGUCCUCGCUUGAAUCCGUCCCCGUUCUUCAAGCCUCGGAAACCUUGAAUUCUUGCCGUCUGCGUUGAAAGGAUUUAUUGAUGUGAUCGUUGGGUGAGGCUUAUGUGAAGCAUUUGUUGUUGGUGGUGACCUGGGACGAGGACAGGAAUAAUGAAGAUGACGGUGGUUGCGGUGAUGGCCGUGGUUCUGAUCCUCGGUAGCGAGCUGCCUCGCUACUCGAGCGCAGUUUCGAGCGAGGCUGAGGAGUUUGUGUCAGCGCACAACGCAGCGAGGGCUGAUGUGGACGUAGGGCCUUUGGUUUGGAGCCACAAGCUGGAGGAUUACGCGCGCAAGUACGGGGAGGAGCAGCGCGAUCAUCACAAUUGCGCCAUGGUGCACUCGCGGGGUCCGUAUGGGGAGAACCUUUUCUGGGGCUACGGGAAGUCGUUUGCGCCCGCGGAUGCCGUGCGCUCGUGGGUGGAUGAGAAACAGCACUACGACUACGACUCGAAUUCCUGCGCGUCGGGGAAGGUGUGCGGGCACUAUACGCAGGUGGUGUGGGCGGACACAAAGGAGGUCGGGUGCGCUUCAAUCACCUGCCAUGACAAGGCCACGUUCAUCAUCUGCAGCUAUAAUCCGCCUGGCAACUUCGUGGGCGAAUGGCCAUACAAGCGUGCCGGAACCAAGCAUUCACAUAGGCGAUCUCAUGAAAACGACGACUCUCGCACAAGCUCCCAUAAAACCACAGCCCAGACCACAGACGAUGCCAACUCCGACCUCAAGCUCCGCUCAGUACAUGAGUGUAUGAGCCAGUGUAUGAAUGAUUGCUUCUCGAUGUCUGGGUCCAGCCAUCACCAUCGCUCGAACUACUAUCAGUAGUCACUGCGGGAUCGUCUAAUCGCUGAUCCGUUACUGUAAACCCUCCUGAAUAAGUCUCAUCGAUAUGUGUACAGGAUACUUUGUAAUAGCUCAGCUGUGAGAUAAAUUUUGAUCUAUGUCAUGUGUAAUGCUUAUA